AUGGCACCAAGAAAACGUUCUACGUCGAAAACCAGUUCAAGUUCAUCAUCAACAGAACGAUCACGUUCACGAAGUCGUACACGUUCAAAAACCCGAAGCCGCAGUAAAACUUAUUCACCAGAACGUGGUGAGGAGGGACGUCUUCAUGUGGCGAAUAUUGAUGAGUCAGUACGUGCAAGAGAUCUAGAGGAAGCAUUUUCACGUUUCGGAAAGCUCUCCGAAGUUUGGGUGGCGAGUUAUCCACCACUUUUUGCAUUUGUGGUAUUUAAGAAUAAGUCGGAUGCAAAUGAAGCGUUGGCAGCUCUGAAUAACACAUACAUUCGUAACUGCCGAGUACGCGUAUCGGUAGCAUUGCCUCGAGUUCGUGCACAUGAUCGCUAUCGCUUUGGUGGUGGUUAUGGGGGUGGUUAUUACGGUGGUGGUGGUUAUGGCAGAUAUGGUGGUUAUGGCAGCAGUCGAUAUGGUGACUAUGGACGUUAUGGCGGAUAUGGCCGAGAUCGAGAUAGACGGCGAUCACCGCCACGACGAGAACGCGAACGCCGCAGAAGGUCCCGUACUCGCUCGCGAUCACGUUCACGUUCUUCUUCAUCCCACAGUCGUUAA